AUGCCUGACGACGUCGAAGCUGUAAAGGCGACCGGGCCGACAGGGGAUGAGAAGCUGUCCCCGAGCAGCGACAAUGCCUCGGAGGAAGCCACGAUCAUUCCCCAAGGCGCCUUAGACCCCGUAUACGAAGCCAAGGCACGGGUUCUUAACCGCGCGAUUCAAGAUAUUGGUAUGGGAUGGUACCAAUGGCAGUUGUUCAUCGUAGUCGGCUUCGGCUGGGCGAGCGAUAACCUCUGGCCCAUAUGGGGAAACCUCCCCGUGGACUCUGCCAUCUUCCUCGAGUUCCUUCCAGCGUCACACCAGUACCUGCUUACCGUACUCUCUAUUGACUGGGCGCUCGCGCAGGUCGUGGCGACCUUGAUUGCCUGGCCUCUGCUAGGAAAUCUAACGUGUCAGCAGGAGGAGGAAAACUGCACGAGGAGCAAGAACGCGGGGUGGAGAUGGUUCGUCAUCACCGUAGGCGGGCUCACACUUCUCAUGUUCUUUAUUCGGUUCCUUCUCUUCAGCAUCUAUGAAUCGCCCAAGUACCUGAUGGGUAAAGGUCGGGAUGAGCAAGCGGUUCUCAUCGUGCACGAGGUGGCCCGGCGGAACGGCAAGACGACGAACCUCACGAUCGAAGAUCUCAGGGCGUGCGAACCACCGGGCUACGUCGCCAAAACAGACGCAUCAACAGCAGUAAAGCGGCACUUGGAGAAGCUCAGUUUUAGCCACGUGCGUGCCCUCUUCUCGUCCCGCCGCCUGGCUCUGAGCACCGGUCUUAUUAUGGUGGUGUGGGCACUUAUCGGGCUGGGGUAUCCGCUCUACAAUGCCUUCCUCCCUUUCAUCCAGGCCACAAGAGGUGCCGACUUUGGCGAUGGCAGCACGUACCUUACGUACCGGAACAGUCUAAUUAUUGCCGUCCUCGGAGUACCGGGAGCUCUUCUCGGCGGGUGGCUCAUCGAGCUACCCCGGAUGGGACGCAAAGGCACCCUUUCCCUCAGUACUGUGCUGACCGGGGUCUUCCUGUACUGCUCGACAACGGCACUGAAUAGCGCGGCGCUUCUGGGAUGGAACUGCGCGUUUAGCUUCACGAGUAACGUCAUGUAUGCGGUUCUCUACGGGUUCACACCAGAGCUCUUCCCGACUCCGCAGCGGGGACCGGGAAUGCUUUAG